GGAAAAUCCACCUCAUGUUUCCACUCUAUUUUCAUUACGAAGAUGUAUCACGUCAGGAUCCGUUGCUCAAACCGAAUCACGCCAACGUUAUGGAAGUUCCUGGAUUGUGUGAAAUAAGAGUAGUACCAAAGGCACCUUAUGAUUUCAUAAUCAAAAAUGGAAAAUUGGCUAUGGAGAUUCCGUGCGGUCAGAAAUUCAUACAGACACAAAGGGGUUCGACAGGAAAGUCGUUUCGAUCCAAUCCAUUCUUGGGGUCAAACAAAAAAGGAUAUGUCAGUGACCUAGCACGACAAAGCACUCUCCGAGGGCAUGGAAUGUCUAAUUUUUCGGUCAGAAUCUCGACAGUAAUGUCUCUCUUAGAUUCUCCGGUCGAAAUACGGGAAAACUCCAUUCAAUUCUCGAUGGAAACGGAGUUUUGCGAAUUAUCCCCAGAACUGGAAGAUCAUUUCGAGAUCCUCGAACAUAUUCGAGGGUUCAAUGUGACUAUUGUCACUUCGGCCAACACACAAGAUGAGACUUUACCACCGUGGAGCGGCUUUUUUCAAAAAGAUGAGGGGGAAAGUCAGUAAGAUGCCGGAGAAGCGAAAUAUACGAGGAUCACAAACAUAGAUUGCUCGCGGCUAAAUAUGAAUUGAGACGAAAGCUUUAUAAAGCCUUUUGUAAAGAUCCUCCUAGUUAUAUGCGGGACAAACAUCGUUAUAAGUUGUCCAAGUUGCAAAAAUGGAGUUCCUUUGCACGAGUAAUAAACCGAUGUAUUUUCACGGGUCGCCCUCAUUCCGUAUAUGAGUUCUUUCGAAUUUCUCGUAUCGUUUUUCGUGGAUUAGCAUCUCGAGGUCUUUUGAUGGGCAUAAAGAAAUCGUCUUGGUAGCAACCACCAAACCAAUAGAACAAGGCUUAGCUCUGCAGCUGGUCCAUAAGCAAGGUAAGUAGGUCCAUUACCGGCCGGCUCCGGACCGAAAAGACCUAACGGAGUAAAAUCCCUUAUCUCGGAUCGGAGAUGCUAACGGAGAUGGGGGACCUCUCUACCGCCCGUGUCUAUCUCCUGUCAAGUAUGCUCCCCAGACAUAGACUACGUACAGGGUAGUCAUCUUGGAAAGAUAGAAUAUCACCGCGUAAACAUAACAUUAAGUUACGAAUGUAACUCCCGAGGGAUCGACCACUAUUAUAAAUAAAUAUAGUAAGGGUAAGGCGGAGAACUGUUGUUCAUUGGAGCGCCGGAGUGCGGAGGUUGUUCCCAUCAUUGAAGUCAGAGUGUGGGACUGAGCCCUUCGAAUGAUAAAGACAAAAAAGUGCUUAGUUUCGUUGGAAAAAGCAACGCACAUCAUAUUGACUUUCUCUCGCCCUACUUCUAAGGAUAGAUAGAAAAGGUUGGAGAGAGUAACUUUCUGAAAUUCUCUCCUUUCUAAAGCUGCGCAAGGCGGCCCCCCCAGAACAAAACCCCACCCUUUCCCCCUUUUUAAUGAAAGACCCUCGCCCCGCUUCCUAUUCAUUUGUGGGUCGGGACCGAGGGCCUUUUUUUUUUCUCAACAGGUGAUUUCAAGAAUCAACCAACCGACAAAUCCGUAGCCCAGGUGACUCACAGCCUCCCUCUCGCCUAAAUGAAGUGGGAUGAAUCCAAUCAAUAAGCUUUUUGAUUGAUUCAGGGCGCAGCGAAGCCAAAUUCAAUCAAGGCAAGGGGGGCUUCCUGACACUGAGUCAUCCUAUUCAAAUUUAGCUAUGCUAAUGGAACAGGAAAAGUUUUCAGAUGAUAUGGACCCCAAGAGAUGAGCGAGAACCUCCAAUUGCUUAGGGGUCGCACUCUGUCCCGCUUGGUGGACGAAAUCUUCUCUCCUUUUAGAAUUCUUUCUCCCACACGCCUUUGCCCUCUUUCACCGAAGAGGAAAGAAAAUCUUCCAAGCGGACAGAGACCUCAAUUUCCAUUAGAUUCAUUCCUAAGCUUGCUUUGUUCCAGCAAGAUGAUCAGUCCGAGAGGGCUGGAGAGAAAGCGGUAAAAACCUCUCUGAUUCGGUCACCGAGCAGUCGGACGACUUUUCAGUAAGCCAGGAUGACCCCUUCGACGCUUCUUUCGCUGUAUACCCCCUACAUCCUUCGGAGGUGUAAGAAAGGGUACUAUAUAUAUUAUAUCUAUCUAUAUAGAGUCAGUAGGGCCCCAGAACGCUAAAUAAAAAGGUGGGGGAACAAGAGUUGUCACGAUAGGAAAGAGAAAUGACUAUAAGGAACCAACGAUUCUCUCUUCUUAAACAACCUAUAUCCUCCACACUUAAUCAGCAUUUGAUAGAUUAUCCAACCCCGAGCAAUCUUAGUUAUUGGUGGGGGUUCGGUCCGUUAGCUGGUAUUUGUUUAGUCAUUCAGAUAGUGACUGGCGUUUUUUUAGCUAUGCAUCACACACCUCAUGUGGAUCUAGCUUUCAACAGCGUCGAACACAUUAUGAGAGAUGUUGAAGGGGGCUGGUUGCUCCGUUAUAUGCAUGCUAAUGGGGCAAGUAUGUUUCUCAUUGUGGUUCACCUUCAUAUUUUUCGCGGUCUAUAUCAUGCGAGUUAUAGCAGUCCUAGGGAAUUUGUUCGGUGUCUCGGAGUUGUAAUCUUCCUAUUAAUGAUUGUGACAGCUUUUAUAGGAUACGUACUACCUUGGGGUCAGAUGAGCUUUUGGGGAGCUACAGUAAUUACAAGCUUAGCUAGCGCCAUACCUGUAGUAGGAGAUACCAUAGUGACUUGGCUUUGGGGUGGUUUCUCCGUGGACAAUGCCACCUUAAAUCGUUUUUUUAGUCUUCAUCAUUUACUCCCCUUUAUUUUAGUAGGCGCCAGUCUUCUUCAUCUGGCUGCAUUGCAUCAAUAUGGAUCAAAUAAUCCAUUGGGUGUACAUUCAGAGAUGGAUAAAAUUGCUUUUUACCCUUAUUUUUAUGUAAAGGAUCUAGUAGGUUGGGUAGCUUUUGCUAUCUUUUUUUCCAUUUGGAUUUUUUAUGCUCCUAAUGUUUUGGGGCAUCCCGACAAUUAUAUACCUGCUAAUCCGAUGCCCACCCCGCCUCAUAUUGUGCCGGAAUGGUAUUUCCUACCGAUCUAUGCCAUUCUUCGUAGUAUACCUGACAAAUCGGGAGGUGUAGCCGCAAUAGCACCCGUUUUUAUAUGUCUGUUGGCUUUACCUUUUUUUAAAAGUAUGUAUGUGCGUAGUUCAAGUUUUCGCCCGAUUCACCAAGGAAUCUUUUGGUUGCUUUUGGCGGAUUGCUUACUACUAGGUUGGAUUGGAUGUCAACCUGUGGAGGCACCAUUUGUUACUAUUGGACAAAUUUCUCCUUUUGUUUUCUUCUUGUUCUUUGCCAUAACGCCCAUUCCGGGACGAGUUGGAAAAGGAAUUCCUAAUUCUUACACGGAUGAGACUGAUCACACCUGAUCAGUGAAAAAUUCUGACACCAAUCAUUUAAAAGUGAGUAUUACACCAAGAAUUGACAAGCGGA